CGGUCAUCUUUUAGUGCAGGGGACGAUGCUUGAGAACGCAAGCUUAUCUACGGCGCGGUACCUGACACGGCGAAGGUUGUUUUUCUUUUGACCAUGCCGGGACCUAUAACACCGGCAAUAUUGACCUCCAUCGCCAUCGCAGCUGUGAGCUUCAUCGCCUUUAGGAUGCUCUUCUCCAGAAAAGACCAAUUCCCCAUUGAUGGGCUGACCGCCGUUGUCACAGGCGGUUCCCAAGGCCUGGGCCUCGCAAUCGCCCAGGAACUUUCCUCGAGAGGCGCCAAUGUGGUCAUUGUCGCUCAAGACAAGGGCAAACUAUCCCGAGCCGUCGGAACUAUCCAAGCACGCGCAGCCAGACCUCAGCAAAAGUUCCUCGAUCUCUCCUUUGACUUGCGAUCGCCUGAAUCUGCUCCAGCAAUCCUCGAGAAGGUCACACAAUGGAACAACGGUCAAUCACCGGAUCUAGUCUUCUGUUGCGCCGGGAAUUGCCAACCAGCCUUCUUUGCCGACGCCAGCAUAGAUACACUCCGAGGACAGAUGGAUACUAUCUACUGGUCGUCUGUGUACAUGGCUCACGCAGCCUUGAAUCUGUGGAAGAAGCCGUCUACGCCGGAGAGCAAGAAACAAACGUCCUAUCCGACGCGACAUAUCGUUUUCACAUGCAGUGCCCUCGCUUUCUUGCCGGUGGCCGGCUAUUCGCCAUACUCCCCCGCAAAGGCUGCUAUGAAGGCCAUGGCUGACGGCCUGAAUCAUGAGGUGGCUGUGUACAACGGCGCAAGACAGGGCUCUGGGCCGGCUCCAGACGCUGACAUUGCCAUUCAUAUACUGUUCCCCUGCGGCAUCGUGAGCCCAGGCUUCGAAAACGAGAACAAAAUCAAGCCAGAGCUUACACUGAUGCUCGAAAAGGACGAUAAACCGCAGCAGCCUGAAGAGAUUGCAAAGAUCGCGCUCAGCCGCCUCAGUGCUGGCGACUUCAUGAUCAGUACUUUGUUCUUGGGACAUUUGUUGCGUGGAGUGGGCAUGGCUGGUAGUGUGCGGAAGAAUUUCAUGGACGUCUUCUGGAAUUGGCUGGGAUCUCUCAUCAUCAUAUUUGCCGCUCCAGACCUUCUUUCGAAGUGCAGAAACUGGGGUAAACAGAAGGGCAUGUACGCGACCAGAGCAGCUACUUGAAUGUGCUCUACUCGAUAUCACAUGCUGAGCUCCUCCAUCUCUUCGACGCUCCCUUCGAGCAUUGCAUCCAGCAUAGCCAGCAGCUCAUCUCUCGUCAUCUCCCGGUCAAAUUUCUGGCCCAUGAAGAGCUCAGCUGCAGACUCUGCAAACUCCAGCUCCACCGCGUCAUCCUCGCUCAACACCGAACAGUGUGCGACCAGGUCUUCACCCCUGCUCGACAGUUGGGCUAGCUCGCAGGCGCGCUCAACGAUGUGCUCUGAUAUGCCGUUCAUAGCUGCACAUUGUGUACCAUAGGAGAGGUCGCUUCGGCCAGGCCGCAGGUUGUAGAGAUAGGUGACCUGACUUUGGUAUGCAGCGGCUUUGGACCCGUUCUUCACAUCUACUCGAACUUCCAUAUGUGCGAAAGAGAUAUUUUCCAGGUCAUCAAAGAGUUUGACGUCAAAAAUCUCGUGGAAGUGAGUGGCUACCAAAGCCUUUGGAGCUUCAGACUCAAGUGAGACAAGGUGAAGGAAUACACCCGCUGCAAGACCGGCACCGUCGCAAGUGCCGGUCCCUUUACCAAACUCGUCAAUCACGACCAGGCUCCUUCUGGUGCAUGAGUUGAGCGCCAUGGCGAUCUGUUGCAUGUCGAUCAUGAAGGCAGACUGGACCUUCGAUACCGUCUCUCGUGUGGUGAUGCGGGUCAAGAUUUUGUCAGUGAUACCAAUGGUAGCAGACUCGGCCGGCAGGAAAGAUCCGAUUUGAGCCAUGUAUACUGCUAGGGCGACCUGCUUCUGAUACACCGACUUUCCAGAAUAGUUCGGCCCCGUCAACAGCAACAUGCACGGGUUGGUUGGAGCCUGGUCAUCUUUACCACCACCGCCCUGGAUGAAAGUGUCGUUAGGGACGAAAGAACAGACACAUUUCUCCUGCAGCAAAUGUCUUCCACGUCGAAUGUCAAUAACGUUUUCUUCGGUGAUCCGAGGACGAGUUAAACUGUACUCGUGCGCACAAUGGGCGAAUGCUAGGUUGCAAUCCAGCUCGCCACAUAAGUCGGAUGCCGCUAUCAGGACCUUCUCAUCUUGCAAGAUUUUCUGUGCCAAGUCAUAGGCAAUUUCAACCUCAUAGUCGCAGAUUUCAGCGUAGAGAUCA